AUGAAUGUCCAUAAAGGGUAUCUAGAAAGUUCAUGCAGAACAUGCGGAAGUACAUUUCCGAAAAAGCAGAAAAAUUUUCCUAAACAAGCAUAUGCUGAAGAGAUCAAAGCUAUUUAUGACAUUUCAGUAAAUGAAGACAAUGAUGAUAUUUAUCCAAAUUCAGUCUGCUCAAACUGUAGAAUCAGAUUUUAUAAAUUUAGACAAAGUAUUCAAAAGCAAGAACAAUUUUCUGGAAAUUUUCCAAAACUUUAUAAUUAUAGCGUGCACACAGAGAACUGUGCGUUUUGUUUAAAUAAAUCUCAAAGCGGGCGUAAAGAAAAGCCUGAAUUGUGUGUGAAAAGGAAAGUUACUUUUUCAGAAAAAGUCACUGAUACUGCCUCAGAAACUGAGACCGGCUCAGAAACUGAGACAGGUGAAGAUGAACCUACAAUAGAUUCAGACAGUUAUUCAGCAGCUAAAAGACUGCGUUUUCAGGAUGUAGGAAGUACUUCUGAAGAACAAUUUAACUGCGAAAUAACUAGUAUUGAUAUUGAAAAAAUAAAUGAAAAAAAACUAGCUGAAAUAUUUCAGUGCAGUAUAUGCAAAGGCGUACCGACAAUUCCAAGUCUCACGCGAUGCUCGCAUAUUUACUGUAAGUCAUGUAUUCUUGCUUGGUUAAAAACUGCUAAUGUGUGUCCAGUUUGCAGGUCCUUCAUUACAGCAGCCGAUACUGCUUCACUAUCAGGUCAGCUUUUACUGCUGUACGAAACUAUGACAUUGUCAUGUAAAUAUACUGGUUGUUCAUUUAUUUCAACAAUAAGCAACUUUAAGACUCAUGAAGAUUUGUGUAAGUUUGGAAAGUAUCCAGCUCUCUUUUCAGCUUCUUCCAAGCGAGUAUCUACGGUUACUAAAGUACCGAUAUAUGACUGUUCUAAUAAGUAUUUAAAACAGAAGCGUCUGAAAGGUUUAAAUGACUUUGUUACCGAAUUCUGCCAAACAAACACAGAAGAUAAAGGCGACGCUUUAUUUUUUCUUUUACAGCAGCACUUAAAAGAUACAAAUGACACUAGACAAAAUGACAUUAAUGAUAUAUGGAGAAAUAUUAAUUCAAAAUUGACUCCAAGUCAGUGUCUUGCUUUACGCGUCGAUACACUUCAGAGCAAAACACAGUAUAAGGCGCAAUAUAAUUAUCUUAAGAAAAAUGUUCGCAAUCCCUUGCAAUCACCUAGUGUUAUUGAUGAUCUAGAACUUUUAUAUGCACCAAGCUCUACGCGCUACAGCAUCCAAGGAUUAGAAUUCACAGACAAUUAUUACCAUACUCCGGCUAAAGUAGUAAACAGAACUGAGUACACAUGUAAAGAUAGCUCCUUUGAGCCACUAGAUGUUUUGCAAGACUUCCAGCCAGUAAUGCCAGAAUUUGCAUCACCUAAUAUUAAAGGUGUGCGAUGGAGCUAUCCUGAUGCAAUAGCAAGUACAUUAAAGGAACUUGAGCCAAAAAUUGUUUCUGGUCUUAAGCAAAAUAAAAUUGACCCAAAUGAUCCUAAUAUCUUACUAAUCACUAGCAUUAAAGAUGGUGCUGACGGUCUAGGAGACGUGUCGAUUCACAAGGAAUUGUCUGAUCGGUUUUUACCUGAUAAAGCGUUUCGAUUUUCUUUUUGUGUUUUUAAAAUUGAAGCUAUAGUUAGUAAUCGCGAGCCAGUUGAAAUUUUCGUAGAGGAAAAACCUAACUCAGUUCGAACAAACAGGCCAUUGCUUGAAGCGAUCUGCGACGAAAACAAUAGAGCUUCUAGUUUAGUGUGUCUUUUGCCCAUAGAAAACGAGCGAGCGUUUUUGAAAGAUAAAAUAUUAAGAGUACAACACAAAGAUGGGUGGCGGAGACACUGUCUUAAAUUCUAUACUAGUAUGAUUGAUGAAAAAUUGGAUAGGAAAGAGAGCGGUUUAGCUGGAAGCGGAUCUAGAUACCUUUGUACACUUUGCGAAGCCACAACUCAGAGUGCAGUAAAAGAUCUUGGCAGUUUCCAAAUUUCUAGAACUUACUGUGAAACAAAAGAAAUCGCCGAGUAUAUCCGUGUAAAUCCUGACAGACUUUCGCAGUCGGCUAUCGACAACAUAUCCAAAGGUGUUAAACGUACACCAACCUUACAAGCGGAAGCUAUUGAAAAGUGUUUAGAUGCAACUCACGCGGAUAUAAACUUGGGGUCUUUUUUUAAGAAACUUCUCAUACGGGAAAUUGCAACCGUAACUCAGUGGGAAGCAACUGCAGACGUAAAACCAAUCCUUAAAGAUGCUGAGGUUAAAUUUGACAUGCAUUUAAAGAAGAAUAUUGGCAUCAACCCAGAGUUGAUGAUGCCAGGGAAUUAUGCUAGGGUUUUGUUUAACGAAGCCAAUGAAUCAAAAGUACUUUCAUACCUUCCAAAUGAAGAUAGAAGGAAAAACAUGUCAAGUGUUUUACAAAAGUUCAGAUUCAUGAGGAAGGUAUAUCGGUCUAAGGAUCCUAAGAAGGAAUGCCCCGAAGAUAUUUCUAAAUACAAAGAAACAGCUGUAGAAAUGGCCAAGUUACUUUUAACACAUUUCGGGUAUGCUUCAUGGCCAAAUUACUUACAUAAAGUUGUCGAACACGUUCAAGAAAUAAUAGAAAGUCCAAACGGUCCUGGUACUGUAGGCGGUAUAAGCGGUGAAGGGAAUGAGUGCGGGAACAAGAUUUUCAGGCAUAUGCGGAAAAACCUAGCUAGAAAGGGAAACACACAAGGUGGUCUAAGGGAUGUCCUAUGGUGUCACUGGCUUUAUAGUAGUCCUGAACUUUCAGAGCUUGCUACAUUAACAUUGAAACAGGCAAGAUGUAGUUUAUGUUUUGAACUAGGUCAUAACAGACGAACUUGUGUUAUGAACAAGUCAUCAAUGACCUCACAGGACACACAGGCCUGA